GCGCUGAUGCCCAGGUGCAAGCCUGCACCCAGGCUCUGCUCCCCGCUUCUGUUCCGCUGGAGCUGUGGAUAGAGCGCCGAAUCGGCGGCGAGAUUGAGAUUCACUGGGACCAGGGCCGCGAGGUCAUCCAAGUCACGCAGGAGGCGCGCAAGAUAGUCGCAGAGAAGUGCCGCGCACAAAAGACUGCGCCGCGAAACAGG